CUGGUUGUUAUUGCGAAUGGCUUUAAGUAAGCUAGCAAGCUAUGACUUAUUUUCGUCUAGCUUAAUUCACACUAAAAUAAAAAAAAUUAAAAUCUAGAGUAAAAGAAAAAUAUAGAAUUAAUAUAAUACUUCUUUUAUAAUAAUGAAUAAAUUAACAAGUGAGCAAACACAUUGUUGUUGGUUAUCUUGGUGUUGUUUUCGGAAAGCAUCCUCCACAACUUCAAGGCAAGAACUGCAGGGAGCUCAUGAUGACGGAAAACAAGUUUCUACAGUCAACUACUUUCAGCGAAAACCCGGUGGAUGGAAAUCUAUGCCUUUCAUUUUAGGAAAUGAGACAUUUGAAAGGUUAGCAUCAUUUGGAGUAUUAGCCAACUUUAUGGUUUAUUUACGAAGAGAGUAUCAUAUGGACCAAGUGGAUGCCAGUAAUGUCAUCAACGUCUUUGCGGGUGUCGCUAAUUUUUCUCCUCUCCUUGGUGCUUUUCUAUCUGAUGCCUUUUUUGGCCGCUUUUGGGCUAUCGCUUUUGGUUCUUUUGCUGCUUUUCUGGGAAUGUUGGCUCUAACGUUAACAGCUUGGAUCCCUAGCCUGACACCACACUGGUGCCCAUACAAUGACAACCUUAAUAAUCAAAGUCAAACCCAACUACAAUUAGGCUCAUGCGAGAAGCCCAAUGGACUUCAAAUGGGUUUCUUAAUACUAAGUCUUGGGCUACUCUGUGUAGGGACUGCGGGAAUAAGGCCGUGUAGCAUACCAUUUGGGAUGGACCAAUUUGAUCAUACCACAGAAGAAGGGAGAAGAGGUAUUAAUAGUUACUAUAACUGGUAUUACACAACUUUUACAGUAGUGGUAAUGUUAACUCUCACAGUAGUGGUGUAUAUCCAAGACUCAGUAAGUUGGGUUUGGGGGUUUGGAAUCCCCACAGCACUCAUGUUUGGUUCCAUCGUCCUCUUCAUUUUUGGGAUGAAAUUAUUUGUGUAUGUCAAGCCUCAAGGCAGCAUCUUCUCUAGCAUUUUUCGAGUUUUCAUUGCAGCGUAUAACAAGCGUCAUCUUAAGCUUCCCCAUCAAGAAGUCGACAAGGAUGCUUACUAUGAUCCACCACUGCCAUCAGGAUCAGGAGUAAUGAACGAGUCAAAACUUCAUCUUACCCAUCAAUUUAGCUUCUUAAACAAAGCAGCUAUAAUACAACAGGGAGAAGUUGGGAUAGACCUGAAAGCAACAGCAGCAAGUAAAUGGAAGUUAAGUAGCAUCCAAGAAGUUGAACAAGUGAAAUGUGUGAUAAGAGUUCUCCCAAUAUGGGCAUCCGGAAUAAUUUGCUUCACAGCUGCUGCUCAACAGUAUACCUUUGCAGUGUCACAAGCAAUGAUGAUGAACCGAAGUUUGGGUCCUAAGUUCAAAAUUCCACCAGGUUCAAUCAACGUCAUUUCUAUGCUUGCCAUAGGAAUUUGGGUCCCAAUCUAUGAUCGCUUUCUGGUCCCUAUCCUCCGAAAGGUUACCAAAUAUGAGGAUGGCCUUACUCUUCUACAACGAAUGGGAAUCGGUCUGGCUAUUUCAGUGUUGUCAAUGAUUGUAGCUGGCUUGAUUGAACAAAAGAGAAGGAAUGCCGCAAACAACCACCAAACUAUAUCAGUCAUGUGGUUGGUCCCUCAGCUAGUGAUGUUGGGACUUGCUGAAGGCUUCAAUUUUAUUGCGCAAAUUGAAUUUUACAACAAGCAAUUUCCAGAGAAUUUGAGAAGUAUUGCAACUUCUAUGUUCUUUUGCACUGUUGCUGGAUCAAACUAUUUGAGCAGUGCUGUGGUGAGUAUGGUCCAUAAUUUGACGGGCAGGCAUGGUAAGCCUAAUUGGUUAACAAAUGAUAUUAACCAAGGGAGGCUCGACUUCUUUUAUUACUUGAUUGCUAUUAUGGGACUCCUCAACUUCCUAUAUUUUUUAGUUUGCGCCAACAAAUAUCGCUAUAAACCUAGUAACCUAAACUUAUUAGAUGCCAAACACGAUGUCACAGACUUUCACUUGGAGCUUGGUCAAACUAAAAAAUAAAAAUAUAAAAUACUCCUACUUAUUCCUUGUUCUCGUAUCUAACAAACUAGGUUAUUAAUUAUGUCAUUUAAAUCAAUAAUAACAGUUAUAAUACUGUUUCUUAGGAUAAUCUUUACCUAUUUGUCUGUCCUAUUGAAAUUGUAGUAUUACGUAAAUCUAUGUGAGAGUUUUUCAGAGUAAGCGUUGCAAUUUUAAUAGGACGGGAGAGUAUAUAUAUUGCGUCCAAAUGUAAUUAUCGUAGAUUAUAUUAUAUAAUAUUACUGUUAAGAUAAUUAUUAUGACAAGACAUUACAUAUAUGUUACCAUUUGUUUGCA